AUGGAUCGAUUGCAGGAUGUCUUGGAGUUCGAACGGUUGAGACGAAUCGUCAAUGUGAAGACUGCACCUUACAUCCUCUUGGCUUUGGCAGUGGCGCUGUUACUCCGCAAUUACCUCAGCAAACAAACCCGACCAAAGACAUGGCUGCAAAGCACACGUCGCUCUCCCGACCCAGAAAAGCCCACCGAUGUCAACACAUUCGCGGAAAAGCGAAUGAAGCCUACCGAGCGCGAGCCGGGCACAUGGACACCCUCCCCCUUCACCCGCCCCACGGCACCGCCCUACCCCAAUUGGUCCCACCUAACCACCAAACCCCUCCCCUACCGCCCGUUCCGCCACGGGCCCUACCACAUCACGAUGGGCCUCCGCUCCAUGCAUUGGGACGAAUGGAUCGAGCUGGACAACCACUACCUCCGCUUCCACGCCGACAAAGCCCGCCGCAUCGCCGAGCGCGGGCCCAAAUGCUGCCGCACCUCCACCGGCGACCCCACCACCGCAGACCCCCGGGUUUGGGACGGCGCGGUCGAACUCCUCGAAGAACUCUCCGCGUACCUCAGCGAACGAUACCCCUCCAUGUUCGUCCGAACCGACGUCGGUGUCGACAACAUCAUCACAAACGAAUCCUUCAACAUCCCCGAACUGACCAUGAACGGCAUCCGCGAGGAUCCAAUGCAACUCUGCGCCCGCCUAAUCCAAGACGACCUCGCCAUCAUGUUCGAAAAAGAGGACGGACAAUACUACCUCCUCGCCGGCGCCAUCCUCCUCGCCGGCUUCUGGCGUCUGGAGGACAAAUUUGGCAUGCCUUUAUCCGAAAUCCACACCUCCGGCGACGUGCCCGGGUUCAAGGAGAAGCUGGAGAAAGGGAUGACGAACUUUUUCCGUCGCGUGCAGCCGGAGAAGGCGGUCUUGCGCAACAAUUACUUCCUCCAGGUUGACGACGAUCUAGCCUGGUCUAGUUCGAUCGGGGACGAGGAUAGUGAGACAGUGGGUUGGUUUACGGCGGAGAAGAACCGCGCGGUGGAACAUCAUUAUUUUCGGUCAGAGAGGCAGAGUUUGAGACGUCUGCCGAGGAGUGGCGGGGUGGUGUUCACGAUCCGCACGUACUUUCAUCCGGUGACGGAGAUUGCGGAGGAGGAGUACGUGCCCGGGAGAUUGGCGAGUGCGGUGCGGAGUUGGGGGGAGGACGUGAGUCGGUAUAAGGGGCGGGAGAGGUAUGGGGAGGUGCUGUUGGAGUAUCUCGACCAAAAGCAUGAGGAGCAGGUUGCGAGGGGGGUGGACUUUUCGAAGGAGGAAGAGGUUAGAGCGUAUCCUUGGUAA